GCCCUUCAGCUCCGCUCCGCCCCGUCUCCUUGUCACUCUGGUUGGGCCGGCUGUGGCAAGUGGCUUCGGGAGGCUGCCAUGGCGGCGCAAGCCCUGGCGCUUCAGGCCGUGGCCUCGCGCCUGCAGCGGCAGGAGGAGGACAUCCGCUGGCUGUGCGCGGAGGUGCAGCGCCUGAGGGACGAGCAGCUGUGCGGGCCGGAGCGGGGCCAAGCUGAGGGCCCCCGGCUGACACGCGAGGUGGCACAGCUCCGGGCGGAGAACCGCGAGCUGCACCAGCGCUUGUCUGGCCUGCGACUGCGCCUGGCAGAGCAGCGCGGGCGCGGGGCUCGGCAAGCGACAGCGCAGGAGUUUAUCUUCCAGCCUCCUACUCAAAACCAAGAAAAGGACACCAAGAAAAAGAGACUGAAGGAGAAUGAGCCUGCCAGGGAGGUGGAACAGCCGGGUUUUAUAAAAGAGAGAUUGAAGCUUUUCGAAACACUGAAGGCAGAUCAUCAACUCUUGCCCGAUACAAAGGAAAACAAGAACAAGAGCAGCGUGAUUACAGUGAGGGUGGCUGGUGGGAAGACAGUGCAAGGAGAAGCCUGGAGAACAACUCCUUAUCAAGUGGCAGCUGACAUUAGUAAAGAACUGGCUGAAAAUACAGUAAUUGCCAAAGUGAAUGGUGUGUUAUGGGACUUGGACCGUCCAUUAGAAGGCAAUUCCACUGUUGAGCUGCUGAUGUUUGACAAUGAGGAAGCUCAGGCUGUGUACUGGCACUCCAGUGCUCACAUCCUGGGAGAGGCCAUGGAGCUCUACUAUGGAGGCCACCUGUGCUACGGCCCACCCAUCGAAAAUGGAUUUUACUAUGACAUGUUCAUUGAAGACCGAGUGGUGUCCAGCACUGAGUUGUCCGCCCUGGAGAACAUAUGUAAUACUAUCAUCAAAGAAAAGCAACCGUUUGAAAGACUGGAAGCCAGUAAGGACGCCCUCCUGGAAAUGUUUAAGUACAAUAAAUUUAAGUGCCGGAUUCUGAAGGAGAAAGUUGAUACCCUGACGACCACUGUUUACAGGUGUGGUCCAUUAAUUGACCUUUGUAAAGGCCCCCAUGUAAGACACACUGGAAAAAUUAAAGCCAUAAAAAUUUUCAAGAAUUCCUCAACAUAUUGGGAAGGCAAUCCUGAGAUGGAAACAUUGCAGAGGAUCUAUGGGAUAUCCUUUCCUGACAGCAAAAUGAUGAAAGGCUGGGAGAAGUUCCAAGAGGAAGCCAAGAGCCGGGACCACAGGAAAAUCGGGAAGGAACAAGAACUAUUUUUUUUCCAUGAUCUCAGCCCUGGAAGCUGUUUCUUCCUCCCAAGAGGAGCCUUCAUUUACAACACCCUUGUGGAUUUCAUACGAGAGGAAUAUCACAAGCGUAACUUCCUGGAAGUGCUCUCUCCUAACGUGUACAACAGCAAACUCUGGGAAACCUCAGGCCAUUGGCAGCAUUACAGUAACAACAUGUUCACCUUUGACAUUGAGAAGGACACCUUUGCCCUCAAGCCCAUGAACUGUCCCGGGCACUGUUUAAUGUUUGCACAUCGCCCGAGAUCCUGGAGGGAAAUGCCUGUUAGAUUUGCUGAUUUUGGAGUUCUGCACAGAAAUGAACUGUCAGGAACUUUAAGCGGCUUAACCCGAGUCAGGCGCUUCCAGCAGGAUGACGCUCACAUCUUCUGCAUGGUGGAGCAGAUUGAAGAAGAAAUAAAAGGGUGCUUGAACUUUUUACAGUCUGUUUACUCAACAUUUGGCUUCUCCUUUCAAUUAAACCUGUCAACAAGGCCUGAGCAUUUCCUAGGGGAGAUUGAGAUGUGGGAUGAAGCUGAGAGGCAAUUGCAGAACAGCUUGAUGGAAUUUGGAAAACCAUGGAAAAUAAACCCAGGAGAUGGAGCAUUCUAUGGCCCUAAAAUCGAUAUAAAAAUUAAAGAUGCUAUUGGCAGAUAUCAUCAGUGUGCUACAAUUCAGCUGGACUUCCAACUGCCCAUUAGGUUUAAUCUCACAUAUGUUAGUAAGGAUGGGGAUGAUAAGAACAGGCCUGUGAUCAUUCACCGAGCCAUACUGGGAUCUGUGGAAAGGAUGAUAGCUAUUCUCUCAGAGAACUAUGGGGGAAAAUGGCCUCUCUGGUUGUCUCCUCGCCAGGUAAUGGUCAUUCCUGUAGGUCCAACUUGUGAAAAUUAUGCACUACAGGUGUCCAAGGAGUGCUUUGAAGAAGGCUUUAUGGCCGAUGUGGACUUAGAUGACAGUUGUACACUGAAUAAGAAAAUACGGAAUGCACAGCUGGCUCAGUAUAACUUUAUUUUGGUGGUUGGUGAAAAGGAAAAGAUAAAUAAUGCAGUAAAUGUUCGCACAAGAGACAACAAAAUUCAUGGAGAAGUAUCAAUAGCUUCUGUCAUUGAAAAACUGAAGAACCUCAAAAAAUCACGUACACUGAAUGCUGAGGAGGACUUCUGAAGCCUGCUCCUUGUACUUUGAUGUAACCUUGUUUUGACUUCUGAAAACGUGUUUUUCCCAGCCACUUAAGAUGCCAGUACUUUUAAGAACCCCAGGGCCACUGAUAAGCCACUAAUGCAGUUCACCUAAGAAGGAAAAAUGAUUAUUUGAUAUAUACAAAUCUUUAAUGCAUUGUGUUUUGAGACUAAUCAGGACAUGCUGGAAAAAUUCCCAAGAGAUCAGGACCUCAGAGACCUCGGUGAAAUGCUGUGUUCCUUCAGAGAGGGAAGUAUUAGAAAUUAUGCUCUGUUCUUUCUCAAAAGAUGUGCUUCCAGCCUGGGGCUGUAGCUUUGUGCCUAAAGCAUCUGCUUUGCAUGUAUGAGGCCUGGGCUCCUACCCCAGCAGCCACGACCUCUCACCCCACAGCAACAAAAAUCCUUUCAAUAAAAGCCCAUGGUCCUUUU